AUGUUGGAGCGAGAGAUCGAUUGGCGUUUUGGUCCUCCGGAGACCAUUCAUUGGGGAGGCAUCUGGGAAAGGAAACUGUUGCACGCCAUCACCCGUGAUCACAGCGUUACCGACAAAACGCUGUUGUCUUCUGUCGCUGAAGAAGAACGAAUCUUGAAUGAGCGCCCGUUGGAGUCACUGUCUGAUUGUGCCAAAGUCUAA